CCGGAAUCAUCAGCCAUGCGACAUACCAGGAGCCCGUGCGGGCGGGGAUGGUGCGCGUGCUCCGUUGUGUCCCGGGCCGCCUGGCCGAGUACGAGGUGAGCGGCGCACCGUUCAGCGUCUCGCUCUGGCUCAACCUGACGGCGCUGAUCGCCGCCCUGCUCUUCUGGCUCGGCCUGCACACGCUCGACGACCGGCUGCUGGUGGCGCUGCUGGUCGGCCUGACGGCGGCACUGCUGGCCAAGCUCCACCUGAAGGUGAAGCGGGAGACGCUGCUGGUCGAGUCGUCGCUGGGCGUGCAGCUGACCACGACGUUCGCCAGCGGCCGGCGCUCCUCGCUCUUCAUCCGACGCGGUCGGCUCAGCGACGUGGUGAUCGCCGAAGCCUUGACCAUGCACCGCGUGGUGGCGUACCUGGCGAUCGUGCUGCGCCACCCGCCGCGUCUCGUGCCGCUCUUCCGCCACACGUGGCCGCGCGUGGCGCAGCUACGCGACGUGUACCGCGGCAUUCAGCUGAUCCUGCGGCCGGAGGAGGCCGCCGGCGGUGACGGAGAGGCGAGCAGUUAACCGGACGCGCGCGGCGCGGCGGCGGCUCGCUGAAGGGCCGUGGUGCGGGCUGACUGUGGUGCUGAGGACCGCGAGCGGGUCGGAGGCGAGAGGUCCGAGACACGAGGUGAUUGAUUGUAGAGAACCGGCGGUUCUGCGGGUGACGAAUGGGCGUGAGGCUGCACGCCGCGACAGUUGAGGCGAGCCCCCGCUU